AUGAACGACAACAAUAAUAAUAACGAUAACAAUACAGACAAUGCUCCAAAGGUACCUCAAUUGGACUAUGUGGAGCAUGAUGAGAUAUUGGAUCUUACAGGUCAACCUCAUGACUUUAUAGGUGAUGGAUACUCUCUGCCUGCAACACUCGUCGAUAUAGACUUGACCAAUGAUAAGAUCAAGAGGAUGGACAACAUAUCACACUUGGUGAAUUUAAAGAAACUAUGCCUUAGACAGAACCUCAUUGCAGAGAUUGAAUGUGUUGAUACUCUGGUCUCACUCCAACAUCUAGACCUUUACGACAACAAACUGCAGGCAAUCAAGAAUCUUAACAACCUCCCAAACCUUACAUACCUCGACCUUUCAUUCAAUGAGAUACGCGUCAUUGAGAACCUUCAUGCCAAGGAGAUGCCACAACUUAAAGAACUAUAUCUAGCAAACAAUAAGAUCACAGAGAUGCAGAACUUGGAAGAGUUGGUCACUCUUUCCAAUCUUGAGCUUGGUUCAAACAGGUUUAGAGAGAUCAAGAACCUUGAUAAACUAGUCAAUGUCAAGACACUCUGGUUGGGCAGGAACAAAAUCACAUCGAUCCAGAACGUCAAUCACAUGAAGAACUUGACUAUUCUGAGUCUUCAAAGCAAUCGUCUGACAGAGAUUGGUAAUGGUCUUGAAGGACUCACCAACUUGACCGAGCUCUAUCUAUCUCACAAUGGUAUCACCAACAUGGAUGGCGUACAAUCAUUGAUCAACUUGCAAAUACUUGACAUCUCUGCCAACAAGAUCAAACAACUGGUUGGUGUUGACAAGUUGACCAACCUGGAAGAAUUAUGGUGUAAUGACAAUGAAUGUGAUGACAUGGAUAACAUUGAACAACAAAUUACCAAGUCAAUCACGUGUCUCUACUUUGAGAGGAAUCCAGUUGCUCAGCAUCAACAGUAUCGUAGGAUAUUUAUCAACAUGUUCCCCAAUCUGAAGCAACUCGAUGCAACCAUGGUCAAAAGGAUGUAA